GUAUAUCAAUGAUCAAGAAUAUCAGUGAUCAAGAAUAUCAAUGAUCAAAAACAUCAAUGAUCAAGUAUAUCAAUGAUCAAGAACAUAAGUGAUCAAGAAUAUCAAUGAUCAAGAAUAUCAAUGAUCAAGUACACCAAUGAGCAAGUAUAUCAAUGAUCAAGAAUAUCAAUGAUCAAGAAUAUCAAUGAGCUAGAAUAUCUAUUAUCAAGAAUAUUAUAAAUCACAUUUUUAUUUUUAACUAGAAUAUAAAAACAAAAUGAGCGUAGUAAUUUCACGGAUUAAUCAAGAACACUGAUGAUAAAAAUAAAGAUCUAUAGAAUGUUUAAAAAAUCCGGAUAUCCGGUAGUUACGGAUAUCGGUUCUAUCCUGAAGAGAGAACGUUUUUAUCAUGUUAAACGGGAAGCUCCUGAGAUAAAAUUUCGAAUAUAAGUUUGAAGGAUCUAGGAUUAGGGAUCAGUUGAAUCUAACCCUACCAACCCUAAAACUAUCCCAGAGCUAAACCUCAGCUUAUCCUCAUCCUGCACAGAAAAGAUGGUUCUGAAAUUCCUGGACUCUGAUGUAAACAUGGAUGACUACAUUAAACCAAAGGCAUACGAUCUACAAGACAUUUGUCGGAGAAUUACAACGGGAGAAGGUUGGGUUGUACUGGAAGGAAUGUUUAGCAGCCAAGAUAUUGAAAUGGCGAAGGAACGGAUUUUUGCCGGUAAACUGACUAACCAAGGGAGCUUUAACAACCCAGAUGAUCGUCAUAACAACUACGACGGACUUAAAUGGGGACUUUUAUCAAGGGGUAAAAUAUUUUCCAAAAUGGCGGCUCAUCCAACCAUCAUGGAGGUUUCCUGCAAACUUCUGGGAAACAAAUGUCGUCUUUCCAGCCUGGCUGCUAACACAGUUCUACCUGGAAUGAAAGGUCAGCAGCCCCACCUUGACUAUCCGUAUUAUAGACAUCUCUGGCCGGAGAGUGAGGAUUGUAUGAACCUUCCUCCGACCCACCUCCUUGCUCUACAAAUUGUAACCCUGCUAACAGACUUCAAGCCUGAAAACGGUUCAACGGCCAUUGUUCCAGGAUCUCAUAUUAACCCGAAGCAUCCUGAUAAUCCAGAAGAGUUCUUUUCUAAAGCAAUUCAGUUGACGGCCAAGGCUGGUGACGUCAUCAUGUUUGCUGGUCCAAUCCAACAUUGUGCCAUGGCAAACAAUACUUCACAGAUACGUUGUGGGAUACUGCAGCACAUGGUACCCUUGUACAUCACUCCCUUCGAGGACAUCACCUACAAGGUAGAGCCGGAGAACGAAGUUAUACGUCAACUUCUUGCAGUUGAUAAUCCUCAUCCAAUCCUCAAAUAUCAGAGGAAUAACUCGAAGAGAGGAUCUAUCGCCAGUGGUGAGGACAUGGAUAUAAAAGAUAUAGAGCUAGGAAGAUAAACUACAAUCAAUAGUACUCAUGAAGCAAUCUGAGUAAAAUUUAGCCUUCUUUACGUCUGAGUAAUUUUCAUUUUGCUUUAGAUCUGAGUAACAUGUAGUUUCAUUAAUAUUUGAGUAACUUUUAGGUAAAAUUAAAUAUAAGUAAUUUUUGUUUAGUUUAGGUCUGACAUCUUUUUAGAGUAAAUUGUAGUUUUCUUAAUAUAGAGGUAAAUUUAUUUUAAAUAUAAAAGUUGUAGUUU